AGGACCAGCAGAGGGGGCAGCGGAGCCACCUACUGCACGCUGGAGGCUGCAGCCUGCGGUACCGUGGCUGGCCUCGCUGCAGUGGGUGGUGGUGACGGAAACUGCAGCGGCUGGAGCGGUGGUGACAGAAACUGCAGCAGCUGGAGCGUAGAGAUCGGUUUUCGCCAUGUUGGCCAGACUGGCCUCAAGUGAUCCACCAACCACUGCCUCCCAAAGUUCUGGGAUUACAGGCGAGGGCCACCGCUGCACCUGGCAGGCAUGGAAGAGGUUCCCUUGGGUCCUGCUCAGAGGAGUCACGCUGGGGAAAGCAAGUGGAGGUGCUCCUUGAAGAAAACAAGGAAUCUCACAUCUCAGCAGUUCUGUCCUGGCCUGCCGCCCUGGAUCGUCCAGCCUGGGUCGGGGUGGAAGACCUCGCCCUUCUUGACUGGGGUUGAGUGUGAGGAUCCCAUUUCGUCAAAGGCCUAGCCCGGGGUUUCCAGUCCCUGGCACCACCCAGCAGCUCCAGGCUCCCCCUCCCUUCCUGACGUGGCACUCGCCCUCAACCAACAUGGCGCCGACGGCCUCAGUACGUCAACGACAAGCGACACGCCCACCGGCCUCCCCCCGCGCUUCUUUUAUCCCCGCAGCCGGAAGCCGAGCAGCAGAGCGGAAAGCCUGGCCUCGGGGCCGGCGGUGGCCUAGGCAGCACCAGGGCCGUUGUUGUGUGGCUGCGCGGUGGCGCUGCAGGGCGGGAUGCCGUUCCCCCGGGAGAGCCCGUCACGGAAGCGCAAGGAGCUGGACGGACUCUGGAGCUUCCGCGCCGAUUUCUCUGACGACCGGCGCCGGGGCUUCCAGGAGCGGUGGUAGCGGCCGCUGCUGCGGUACUUAGGGCAGGGCCGGGAGGCGUGCAGAAGCCGGGAGGAGAAAGUAGGGGAGCCCGGGCCGCCUCGCAGGCUCCUUCCCCUAAUCGCCCAGGAGUUGGGGGCCCAGAGGAGGUUAAAGUCUGGCCCCACCCUGGACAUGGAGGUUCUCUCCAGCUUCAAGAACAUCUGCCAGGACUGGCGGCUAUGGCAUUUUGUCAGCUGGGUGUGGCACAAAUGGGAAGUGACCCUGCCAGAAUGGUGGACCCAGGACCUCCACAGAAGAGUGGUGCUGAGGAUUGGCAGUGCCCACUCCUAUGCCAUUGUGACUUUGACUUCAGCCCGGCGGGACUGCAGCGGUCUGUGCUUCUGUUCACGACACUCACCACCUGCAUUGAUGACAUCACCAUCACCAUCACCACCAGCGUGGAGCAAGACAGUGGCGAGAGCUUCCACAUUGCUGACACUUGCUAUAGGUGACUAAGAAGUGGGCCCAGGGCACCUUCAGACUCAACCCCAGUGAUGAGGACAUCCACACAGCCAGCGAGCGCCACCUGAAGGUGGUCAUGGAGCUUAGACUAUGGAUGCAGCAGACCUGCUCGAUGCUCUCCGGCCUCCUGUGGGAGCCCAUCAGGACCAUGGUGGAUCCCACAGAGGGAACAUGACAUCCUCUUCCCAGGGUACACCCACCUGCAGAGGGCCCAGCCCCUUCCCUGGAGCCACUGGAUCCUGAGGGGGAGGGGGCCAGGCAACCCGGUUAGGGAAGAGGAGGCCACACUCCUUAUUCUCCAGCCCAGCCCUGCUUCCUCCCAACCCCCAGAACUCAACUUUGGUGCCAUCACUCUUCACAGCAUGGAUGCCACCAGUGAGCGUGACUUCAUGGCUGAGUUCCUGUUCUAGGCUUCAUUCUGCAUUACCCAUCUCAGCAGGAUGGCCAGGGACCUCAUCCUCUGUGGCACCAAGGAAUUCAGCUUCGUGUAGCUCUCAGAUGCCUACAGGUUUUUCAUUCAAUGCAGACUGUUUCCUAAGUUUUUACAUCAAAAUCUGGAAGAGUCAGCUGCUGAUCCUCUCCCCAAGAAGAUGAAAGAUUCAGUGGUUCAUCUGGGUUGCUCCACAUGACACUGUUUCAUCAUUUUGGUGGCUGAAGAAUAUUCCCUAGUGUAUGCAUAUGAAAGUUUCUUAAUCCCUUUGUGGAUGGACAGGCUGGAGUGCACUGGCCCAAUCUUCGUUCACUGCAACCUCGGCCUCCUAAGUUCAAGUGAUUCUUCCUCCUCAGCCUCUGGAAUAUCUGGGACCACAGGCCCUUCAGGUAGCAGUAUCUCUUUCUGGAAGUAUGGCAGCUCAUAAACAAAGAAGGAAUGAUACAACAAUGCCUUCAUUGUUCAAUCCAUAAUUGAUCAAUGGCCAUUAACAUCACCAAUUAAAAAGAUGUCCAGAAAGUACACACCUUCUUUCAGAAGAAACUAGCACAGUCUUUUCCCUGACCCUCAAGUCCAACCUGAAUCUCACCAAGUCUUGAGAUCAAACUACUAAUUUAUCAAAACUAGAACAAAGUGAAGAGCAAGUUAACCAACAUCACAAGAUACAAUUAGCAAGAUUCACAGUAUGAGAAACAGCAUAAUAAGAACACACUUAGCGUAAUCCAAACUAUGUGGAAAUGACCUGAUUGAUUCAGUAAAUUGACUGCAAGGGACAGCACAGAGAUCAAAGUGGGAAGUUGUCGGGAUCAAAAAAACCCUAAGAGGUGAAUCAAACAAUCCCAAGGAGAGACUUUAUUUGGAUCCUGAUUCACACAAUAAAUACAUGAAAUGACUGGAAAUUUGGAGCUAGAAGGAGAGUCGACAGUGAUAAAGAGCAAUGGUGUGAGAUGGUUGGUUGAUUAUGGUAUUGGGAUUAUAUUUUUUAAAGAGUUCUUGUCUCCAGCCAUGGUGGUUCACAUGUAUAAUCUCAGUAGUGUGGGAGGUCAAGGUGGGAAGAUCCUUUGAAUCCAGGAAUUCUAGACCAGCCUGGGCAACAUAGCAAGUCCCUGUCUCUACUAAAAUACAAAUUAAAAAAUUAGCUGGGCAUGGUGAUGUGAGUCUGUAGUUGCAGCUACUCAGGAAGCUGAGGCAGGAGAGGCCACAGUGAACCAAGAUUAUGCCACUGAAUUCCAGCCUGGUUGACAGAGACCUUGUCUUGAAAGAACAAACAAGAAUCAUAUCUUUUACAGACAUAUACCAAGACAGUCAGGGAGGAAAUUAUAUGAUGUAUGCGAUUUGCUAUAAAAUCAUGAGAAGGAGAGGAAAAGCAUGUAGGAGUAUACAUGUAAUGAGAUUGGCCAUCAGAUAACAAGUAUCUGAAUCUGCUGCCGAGUAGGUGGAAGUCACUACACUAGCCUCUUGUUCCAAAAAGCUCGAAUAGAAAGUUUGUGUAAAAAUCCACUUCAUGAAUUUGUAACAAGCAUUGAAUAAGAUAGUGUAUACAGAGUGUCUUAUCACCAUGGCGUGCUGGUAGUCAGCACACAAGCAUUGUUUUUAAUUUUGUAUAGUCACUGUCUAUUAAUCACACACAAAAAACUAUGUUGUUCACACCAAGAGCUCUGGCCCAUGGACCUUUGUCCACUUGGUGGUAAUUUAUUGGAAUUUGAGGUUUAGAAUGAGGAAAUAGAUGAGUAAUUUGUGUCAAGUGGAUUCAAGGAACAGUGCAAAGGAUCCAUGGCCUCAGUCAUGAAGACCCUCCCAAGAGCCAACCGUUCUGGGCACAUAUAAAUGAGUGGAGACAUGGAAAUCACCUUUACAAGGACUAGAACCUGACAGAGCAUACAAGACUGAAGCCCAAAUAACCAAGAACAGGAAGCUGAAGGUUUCUGUGAAAAUGCUUUGUGUUUGUGGAUUUAUCACGCAGAAUGAAACCUUUUUUUUUAUUCACAGGUUAGACACACUCUCUAUAUAGAAUCUAUGAAGGGACAUUCUGGGUUUUUUGAGGCCUAUGGUUAAAAAUGGAAUAUAUCAGGUGCUCAGGAUGAAUAGUGCAGUCACCAAGAGGGGAAGGGUGGCCACAGGUAGCCAGCAGCAGGGAUGGGCAUUGUGAGCCUUUGGGUGGGGUUGUGGGAAGUGGCAUUGUGAGCCACUGGCCUGACUUUAUUGUUUCCUGGUAACCAGGUGGCAUAGGAGGCUUUGUUGGGUAACAGGCAUCAGCCAGGGCCAGCAGCCUUCAGUAGUGGGAGGAGGAGGAGCUCCGACUACUCUCACAGAAGUGUUUGUGCCCUUGGGGCUUGCUCUGUUGCUUUGCUUUUUCUUUGUUUUUUUUAAUUUUUAUUUUGUAUGUUGCUUUCUUUAUUCUUUUUUAUUGUUGUUUUUGGAUUUUGUUGCUUUGUUUUUUUUUUUCUUUUUUAAAUUUCAUUUUAGGUUUGGGGGUACAUUGAAAAACAUGCAAGAUUGUUGCACAGUCCCCUUGUAGGUCACCCAUGGGGAAUUGCCUAAGCCCCAGGGCUGGCCUCAGUUGUGCCUGGUGCCAGGAGGCAGUGGCACCAUGUUGUGAGACUCAGUCUGUGGCAGCUGCACCACCAGCAUCCACCACUGCAGAGCCUGCCGUGUUCCAUCCCGGAGUGGCGGAGGUCCAGCACGUGCAGCCAAAGUCAAAGCUGCACAAAGGUUUGGCUGGCCGCACCAGGAGCUGGGUACAAAAAAAAUGGAGGCAUAAGAAAGUUUGCCCCAGUGAAAAUGAAGCUCCUGUUCAAGACCCAAAGGAGUGUACAACUAAAAAGCUUGAGGAAGAGACAUCACCUGAAAUAGAACAUGCUACAGGUGAAUAUCACCACAUUUCUGUUGACGACCCAGAAGAGUAUAUACAUGAGCGUGAGGAGGAGGAGGUGGCGUCUGACACGGAGAAGCCUGCGGCCCAGUAUCACCAACGUCCUGUGGAGGUCCUACAGGACCUCAUAUUAGAAGACAUCAAAGACAAUGAGCUACCCUGUCACGUGGAGAAGCCUGUGGCCCAGUAUCACCUCCGUCCUGUGGAGGUCCUACAGGACCUCAUAUUAGAAGACAUCGAAGAUGAUGAGCUACCCCGUGACGUGGAGAAGCCUGUGGCCCAGUAUCACCUCCGUCCUGUGGAGGUCCUACAGGACCUCAUAUUAGAAGACAUCGAAGACAAUGAGCUACCCCGUGACGUGGAGAAGCCUGCGGCCCAGUAUCACCACCGUCCUGUGGAGGUUCUACAGGACCUCAUAUUAGAAGACAUCGAAGACAAUGAGCUACCCCAUGACGUGGAGAAGCCUGUGGCCCAGUAUCACCUCCGUCCUGUGGAGGUCCUACAGGACCUCAUAUUAGAAGACAUCGAAGACAAUGAGCUACCCCGUGACGUGGAGAAGCCUGCGGCCCAGUAUCACCACCGUCCUGUGGAGGUUCUACAGGACCUCAUAUUAGAAGACAUCGAAGACAAUGAGCUACCCCAUGACGUGGAGAAGCCUGUGGCCCAGUAUCACCUCCGUCCUGUGGAGGUCCUACAGGACCUCAUAUUAGAAGACAUCGAAGAUGAUGAGCUACCCCGUGACGUGGAGAAGCCUGUGGCCCAGUAUCACCUCCGUCCUGUGGAGGUUCUACAGGACCUCAUAUUAGAAGACAUCGAAGACAAUGAGCUACCCCGUGACGUGGAGAAGCCUGCGCCCCAGUAUCACCAGCGUCCUGUGGAGGUCUUACAGGACCUUAUAUUAGAUGACAUCAAAGACCAUGAGCUACCCCGUGACGUGGACAUCGUGACAGCCCCAAAUGACCUCUCUCCUUCUGAGGAUAGCAGGAGCAUCACUUCUGAGGAUGAUGGUGAGAGUUCAUCACUUGCUGUUUAUGAUCAACAAGAGUACCCUGCAGCAUGUCCCCGUAUGAAACCCUUUCGGAGAUUUUUCCCGGUUACCUCAGAAGAGUCAUCUUCACUUACCCAAAGGAUCAAAUCUCUUCUAGCAGAAAACUUUCCUGGGAUAAAUUCGUCAGAAGAAGUUAUAGCCGUUUACAAGGGACACUCAACUUUAUUGGAUGACGAACUGGAUCACUCCAUUGCAGGCAGCCAUCAGCAGGUGGAAGAAAGUUCUAAGCCUGCAGAAAAAGCAACAAAGAAGCUGAAGGUGAAGAAGGAAAGGAAAACCAGUAAGCCCAGGAAGAAGACCAGGCGGCAUGCCCAGAACAUUUUGGACAUUUGUAAAAUAUGUUAGAAACCUCUGAAGACUGACUCAAGAUGGCGUGGUGAGAACAAUCCAGGAUUGAAGCUCUCAGUGAAUGCGUGGAGGCCUGCCAUUGCCGAGGCAACCCACCACAACAGAGAGACUCUGCCGCAGGGCGUAGCCCGUGGCAGCAGGGCAGAGACUGCAGCAGCAUGGCAGAGCCUGCAGCAACAGGGCAGACCUCACACCAGCAGGCUGGAGCCUCGGCCGGCAAAUAGGGACUAGACUGCCUCCUAGCUGGGCAGGACAGUACAACGGACACUCAUAAAGCCUCAACCCCCCGAGACAGAGCAUCUGAGAAAAAAAGGGUUUUCUUAUGAGUUCUGCUGCAGCAGAAUUAAAUGUAACAGCUUAACAGCCCUGAAUGAACAUCAGAGCUCACAGCUUAGCACCUGAGCUCCUAUAAAGUAUAGACUGUCUCCUCAAGCAACUCCCUGACCCCUCUAUGUCCAAAAGACUGACAUUUGGCAGGCAUCAUUCUGGGACAAAGCAGAAAAAGAAACUGGUAGCAUCCCUCACUGUUCAGCAGUUGCUAUAGAUGAACCCCAGACAAGCAGGGCCUGGAGUGGACCUCAGCAGUCGGACAGGGGAGGGCUAGACUGGUAGAAGGGAAACCAAUUAACAGAAAUACUUCAUCAACAAUCUGGGUGUCCAUUCAGAGACCCAAUCGAAAAGUCAGCAACUACUCAGACAGCAGGUGGAUAAAUCCACAAAGAUGGGAAGAAACCAGUGCAAAAAUGAGGAAAACACAUGAAACCAGAACACCUCGCCUCCUACAAAGGACCAAAACUACUCACCAGCAAGGGAACAAAGCUGGACGGUGAAUGACUGUGAUGAAAUGAUGGAAUUAGACUUCAGAAGGUGGAUAAUGAGAAACUUUUGUGAGCUAAAAGAACAUGUUUUAAAUCAAUACACAGAAACUAAGAACCUUGAAAAAAGAUUUGAAAAACGAUUUGAAGAAAUGAUAACAAGAAUGGAUAACUUAGGAAUAUGAAUGAAUUGAAGGAGCUGAAAAACAAUACGAGAACUUCACGAAGCAUGCACAAGUUUCAACAGCUGAAUUGACCAAGCAGAAAGAAUAUCAGAAGUCGAAGAUCAACUCAAUGAAAUAAAAUGAGAAACCAAGAUCAGAGAAAAAAGCGCAAAAAGGAAUGAACAAAGUCUCCAAGAAAUGUGGGACUAUGUGAAGAGACCUAACCUACGUUUGAUAGGUGUACCAGAAUGUGACGAGAAUGAAUCCAAGCUGGAAAAUACUCUUCAGUAUAUUAUCCAGGAAAAUUUCCCCCACCUAGGAAGGCAGGCCAACACUCAAAUGCAGGAAAUACAGAGAACACCACAAAGAUAUUCCACAAGAAGAGCAACCCCAAGGCACAUAAUCUUCAGAUUCACCAGGGUUGAAAUAAAGGAGAAAAUACUAAGGGCAGCCAGAGAGAAAGAUCGGGUCACCCACAAAGGGAUCCCAUCAGACUCCCAGCAGAUCUCUCGGCAGAAACUCUACAAGCCAGAAGAGAGUGGGGGCCGAUAUUCAGCAAUUUUAAGAAAAGAACUUUCAACCCAGAAUUUCAUAUCCAGCCAAACUGAGCUUCAUAAGUGAAGGAAAAAUAAAAUCCUUUGCGAACAAGCAAGUACUCAGAGAGUUUGUCACCACCAGGAGCUCCUGAAAGAGGCACUACACAUAGAAAGGAACAACCAGUACCUGCCAUUCCAAAAUCACACUCAGUGCUAAAGAGCAUGAACAUACUGAAGAAUCUACAUCAACUAACGGGCAAAACAACCAGCUAGCAUCAAAAUGGCAAUAUCAAAUUCACACAUAACAAUAUUAACCCUAAAUGUAAAUGGACUAAAUGCACCAAUCAAAAGACACAGACUGGCAAAUUAGAUAAAAAACCAAAAGCCAUCAGUGUGCUGUAUCCAGGAAACCCAUCUCACAUGCAAGGAUACACAAAGGCUCAAAAUAAAGGGAUGGAGGAAGAUUUUCCAAGCAAAUUGAGAGCAAAAAAAGGAGUUGCAAUUCUCAUCUCUGAUAAAAUAGACUUUAAAGCAACAAAGAUCAAAAGAGACAAAGGCCAUUACAUAAUGGUAAAAGGAUCAAUUCAACAAGAAGAGCUAAUGAUCCUAAACAUAUAUGGACCCAAUACAGGAGGACUCUGAUACAUAAGGCAAGUUCUUAAUGACUUAGACUCCCAUACAAUAAUAGUGGGAGACUUUAACACUCCACUGUCAAUAUUAGAUCAACCAGACAGAAAAUCAACAAGGAUAUCCAAGGCUUGUACUCAGACCUGGAACAAGGAAACCUGAUAGACAUUUACGGAACUCUCCACCUCAGAUUUACAGAAUAUACAUUUUUCUCAGCACCACAUCACACCUACUCUAAAAUUGAACACAUAAUUGGAAGUAAAGCACUUUUCAGCAAAUGCAAAACAACUGAAAUCAUAACAGUCUCUCAGACCAUAGUGCAAUCAAGUUAGAACUCAGAAUUCAGAAACCAACCCAGAACCACACAGCUGCAUGGAAACUGAACAACUGGCUCUUGAAUGUUGACUGGAUAAACAAUGAAAUGAAGGGAGAAACAAAGAAGUUCUUUGAAACCAAUGAGAACGAAGACACAACAUGCCAGAAUCUCUGGGUCACAUUUAAACCAGUCUCUAGAGGAAAAUAUAUAGCAAUAAGUGCCCAUAUUAGGAGAAUGGAGAGAUCAAAAAUUGACACCUAUCAUCAAAAUUGAAAGAGCUAGAGGAGCAAGAUGAAGAAAACUCAAAACCUAGCAGAAGAGAAUAACUAAGAUCAGAGCUGAACUGAAGGAGAUAGAGACGUGAAAAACCCUUCAAAAAAUCAAUAAAUCCAACAGCUAGUUUUUUGAAAAGAUCAACAAAAUAUACAAACGACUAGCCAAAUUGAUAAAAAAGAAAAGAGAGAACAACCAAAUAGAUGCAAUAAAAAUAAUAAAGGGGAAAUCACCAGAUUCCACAGAAAUUGAAACCAUUAUCAGAGAAUAUUACAAACAACUCUACACACAUAAACUAGUAAACCUGAAAGAAAUGGAUAAACUCCUGGACUCCUGUGUCCUCCCAAGCCUAAACCAGGAGGAAGCUGAAACUAUGAAUAGACCAAUAACAAGGUCUGAAGUCAAGGCAGCAAUUAAGAGCCUACCACACAAGAAAAGCCCAGGUCCAGAUUGGUUCACUGCCGAAUCCUACCAGAAACACAAAGAGGAGCUGGUACAAUUUUUUCUGAAACUAUUCUAAAUAAUCCAAAAAGACGGAAUCCUUCCCAAAUCAUUUUAUGAGACCAACAUCAUCCUGAUACCAAAACCCGGCCGAGACCCAACAAGAAAAGAAAACUUCAGGCCAAUAUCCAUGAUGAACAUAGAUGCAAAAAUCUUCAAUAAAAUAUUGGCAAGCUGAUUGCAACAGCAAAUGAAAAAACUUAUCCAUUAUGAUCAAGUAGGAUUCAUCCCAGGGAUGCAAGGCUGGUUCAACAUACGCAAGUCUAUAAAUGUAAUUCACCACAUAAACAAAAACAAAAACCACAUGAUUAUCUCAAUUGACACAGAGAAGGCAUUCGACAAAAUUCAACAGCCCUUUAUGCUAAAAACCCUCAAUAAACUCGGUAUAGAUGGAACGUAUCUCAAAGUAAUAAAAGCUAUUUACAACAAACCAACAGCCAAUAUCAUACUGAAUGGGCAAAAACUGGAAACAUUCCCUUUGAAAUCUGGCACUAGACAAGGAUGCCCUCUGUCACCACUCCUAUUCAAUUAUAGUACUGGAUGUUCUAGCCAGAGCAAUCAGGCAAGAAAAAGAAAUAAAGUGUAUUCAAAUAGGAAAGGUGGAAGCCAAAUUGUCUCUAUUUGCAGACGACAUGAUAGUAUACCUAGAAGACCCCAUCGCCUCAGCCCCAAAACUGAAAUUGAUAAGCAACUUCAGCAAAAUCUCAGGAUAUAAAAUCAAUGUGCAAAAAUUACAAGCAGUCCUCUACACCAAUAACAGACUUAAAGCCAAAUCAAGAACGAACUGCCAUUCACAAUUGGUACAAAAAGAAUAAAAUACCUAGGAACACAACUCAAAGGAGCAUGAGGGACCUCUUCAAGAAAAACUACAAACCACUGCUCAACGAAAUAAGAGAAGACACAAACAGAUGGAGAAACAUUUUAUGUUCAUGGUUAGGAAGAAUUAAUAUUGUGAAAAUGGCAAUACUGCCCAAAGUAAUUUACAGAAUUUAUGGUAUCUCCAUCAAGCUACAAUUGACUUUCUUCACAGAACUGGACAAAAGCACCAUGAACUUCAAAUGGAACCAAAAGAGAGCCCGCAUAGCCAAUUCAAUUCUAAGCAAAAAGAACACAGCAGGGGGCAUCACACUACCGGAUUUCAAACUAUACUACAAGGCUACAGUAAUCAAAACAGCAUGGUACUGGUUCCAAAACAGAGAUACAGAUUAAUGGAACAAAACAGAGGCAUCAGAGGCAACAGAACAUAUCUACAACCAUACAAUCUUUAAUAAACCUGACAAAAACAAGCAAUGGGGAAAGGAUUCCCUGUUUAAUAAAUGGUGUUGGGAGAACUGGCUAGCCAUGUGCAGAAAGCAGAAACUGGACCCCUUCCUGACACCUUACACUAAAAUUAACUCCAGAUGGAUUUAAGACUUAAACAUAAGACCUGGCACCAUAAAAACCCUAGAAGAAAAUCUAGGCAAAACCAUCCAGGAUAUAGGAGUAGGCAAGGACUUCAUGAACAAAAGACCAAAAGCAUUGGCAACAAAAACCAAAAUAGACAAAUGGGACCUAAUCAAACUAAACAGCUUCUAAAGGGCAAAAGAAACACUCACUAGAGUGAAUCGGCAACCAACAGAAUGGGAAAAAAUUUUUGCAGUUUACCCAUCUGACAAAGGGCUGAUAUCCAGAAUUUACAAAGAACUCAAACAGAUUUAGAGGAAAAAAACAAGCCCAUUCAAAAAUGUGCACAGUAUAUGAACAGACACUUUACAAAAGAAGACAUAUAUUAGGCCAACAAUCAUGAAAAAAUGCUCAUCAUCACUGGUCAUCAGAGAGAUGCAAAUCAAAACCACAUUGAGAUACCAUCUCACACCAGUUAGAAUGGCGAUCAUUAAAAAAUUUGGAGACAACAGAUGCUGGAGAGGAUGUGGAGAAAAAAGGAACACUUUUACACUGUUGGUGGGAGUUUAAAUUAGUUCAACCAUUGUGGAAGUGCGGCAAUUCCUCAGGGCCUUAGAAAUAGAAAUUCCAUUUGACCCAGCAAUCCCAUUACUGGGUAUAUGUCCAAAGGACUAUAAAUUGUUCUACUGUAAGGACACAUGCACACGAAUGUUCAUUGCAGCACUGUUUACAAUAGCAAAGACCUGGAACCAACCCAAAUGCUCAUCUAUGAUAGACUGGAUUGGGAAAAUGUGGCACAUAUACACUAUGGAAUAUUAUGCAGCAAUCAGAAAUGAUGAGUUUGUGUCGUUUGUAGGGACAUGGAUGAACCUGAAGAACAUCAUUCUCAGCAAACUGACACAAGAGCAGAAAAUGAAAUACCGCAUAUUCUCACUCAUAGGCAGGUGAUGAAAAAUGAGAACACAUGGACACAGGGAGGGGAGUAGUAAACACUGGGGUCUAUUGGGAGGAAAAUUGGAGGGCCAGCCGUGGGGUGUGGCUGGGGAGGGAUAGCCUGGGGAGAAAUGCCAUAUGUGUGUGAAGGGGAGAAAGGAAGCAAAACACACUGCCAUGUGUGUACCUAUGCAACUGUCUUGCAUGUUCUGCACAUGCACCCCAAAACCUAAAAUGCAAUAAGAAAUUUAAAAAAUAAAAAUUUUUUUCAAUUUUGAAAUAAGGUACACAUAUGAAUGUGUUUGUGUGUAUAUAUACAGUUUUUUACUCUUUCAAAUGGAUGUCUUCUGUGACCCUUUUAUGCUAGAAUAUACUAAAGUGAGAAAUUUAUGUCUUACUGAAGCAUGAUUUUAAAAAUUACAAUGCAGGCUCGAUGCAGUUGCUUACACCUGUAAUCUCAGCACUUUCGGAGGCUGAGGCAAAUUUCCUGGUCAAGAAAUCAAGACCAGCCUGCCCAACAUGGUGAACCUCAGAGGUGGAGGUGACAGUGAGCCAAGAUUAUGCCACUGUACUCCAGCUUGGUCAGAGUAAGACUCUGUCUCAAAAAAAAUUACAAUGCAAAGAAAGGUCUGGUGGGGUGUUAGGAAGUCCAGGUCUUAUUAGGCAAUAACAAUGAUGUGCUCCAGGAAGCUAUGCAUAUUUGAUAUGCAGCUCUUCUGUCUGCCUGGCACAGAGGAUCUGGGUGACAAGGCAGGGUGACCCCUUCAUCCUGUUUCAUGAGAUGACCUUCUCCUCGGGUUCAGGGGCAUGAGACUCUGCAUGUUGAUCCUGGAGUUCUUGAAAUUUCUUCAUUUAUCUGUGUCUGUUUUACUCUUUGGGGAACGAACCCCCUGAACAUGCCCAUGUGAUUGCUGAAGUUCAGUUUUUUCAUGACACUUAUAGACACUCUCUGUGGACAGAUAACCUCUCAUCGGAGAGCAGCACAGAGGCCUCAGUGCCUUGGCAUCCGAGUAGAUCUGACUGUGGGUAACUCAGCGGCCACCUUGCAGGGCCUGAGGAGCUCUCUGAGACCUGCACAGCCAUCCUAGGGAACCCUUUCUCCCUCCAUCUCUGUGCCUUUCCAGUGACCCUUGCACCUCUGUGUUGCAGCUGCCUCGAACACCAGGAAGAGCCCUCAUACAAUGUCAACAUGGCUCAAACUUGAUAUGGAUUCUGAUGAUUUGAAAUCUGUGUCACUCUAAAAACUUUUAUAAUCUUUGCUUAAUUUGUUUUUAAAUAUUUUCCUGAUCUUAACCUCUGUUUUUUUAGCGAGCAUAAAUUGUUCUUGUGUUGUUUCUGUUUUACAUUUUUUGAUGAAGUUAUUUUUCAAUUGUUUUCAGACUUUUUGAAGUUUUGUUCAUCCAGUUUUGAGUUUUUGUAAUUUUGAUGGAUAUUUUGGUGUGCACUUUAUUUUAUUUUUUUAAUUGUUUUUACCUCAUUUUUAAAACAUAUUCAUGUUAUGGUAAGUUAAAUGAAGAUGGAGCAUGUUUAUGUUUUGUAGUGGUUUAUAUUCUGUAUGUAUUUGACAUAUAUAAGUGUUAAUGGCCUUGUGCAGUUGUAUCUGCCUGUAAUUCCAGCAAUUUGAAUGAUCAGUGCAGGAGAGCUGCUUGAUUCCAGGAGUUUAAGACCAGCCUGGGAAACAUAUUGAGAUCUCAUUCCUACAAUAAAAUGUAUUUUUUAAUUAGCUGGGUGUGAUGGCAUCCAUCUGUAGUCCCAGCUACUUGGGAGGCUGAGUGAUGAGGAUUGCUUGAGCUCAGAAGGUUGAGGCUGCAGUAAGCCAUGACUACAUCACCACUGCAUUCCAGCCUGCAUGACAGAGCAAGGUGCUCUUUUGUUUUUGUUUUUUUUUGAGACGGGGUUUCACUCACGUUACCCAGGCUGGAGUGCAAUGGCAUGAUCUCGGCUCACUGCAACCUCUGCCUCCUGGUUUAGGCAAUUCUCCUGCCUCAGCCUCCUGAGUAGCUGGGAUUACAGGCACACACCACCAUGCCCAGCUAAUUUUUUGUAUUUUUAGUACAGACGUGGUUUCACCAUGUUUACCAGGAUGGUCUCGAUGUCUGAACCUCGUCAUCCACCCACCUCGGCCUCCCAAAGUGCUGGGUUAAAAAAGUGUUAGAAAGGAAGGACAUUAACGUAGUCUCAGAGGCCAAAAUCCCCUUCAAAUCCUCCUGCAAAUCAGUUCUGUGCCAGUUGAUGUAUUCAUCACGGGCAUUAAGGAAAGUCUAGGGAUAAUUAACACUUCCCAGAUGAAGCUAAAUGAUACGAAUCUCUAAUUUUGAGCAGGGAUAAGAGGAAAACAGAUAAAUGCAGAGUCUAACUGGAAAAAUUCCUGGAGAUGAGUAUAACAGAACUUAUUGUAAAAACAUCUGCCUGGAAAGUGCUGUUAAAAAAAUUAAAAGUAAAUAAAUAAAAAUAAAAACAAGCAGCAACAAAAAAGUGUUUAUUGAUAUCAGUUAUAAAUCUAGCUGUUCAUUGCAGAACUAAACCAGUUUAUUGCAGAAAUAAGCACUUGGAGGGAAAUGUUACAUUUUCACUACAGGCCUUGAAGCCUGCUACCAGCUGUGCUUUUUUCAGGGUUCUGUGGUUCCUAGUUCCAGAGAAAUCACUUGCUCCAGUGUAACGAGUGAAGAGUUCUUUAGGUGAUGGCUGCUGGACCCAGUUUUGCUGUUCUCUUCACUUUCUUGUAAGCCUUGUGUUGAUCAAGUUCAGUUGUGUAUUAGUGUAUUAACUAUGUUUUGAGCUUCUUCAAGCAUGUGCACGCAAUUUGAUAGGAGGUUCAUAUCUGCAAGGAAUUUGAGAGAAGCAUUUUAAGGAUGUUUUAUUUGGUGGGUCAGGUGAGAAAGAUAACAUGGGGGCAAGAAGAAAAGUUAUUAAUUAAUGUAAAACCACUAGCCCUUCGUCACCUAACUUAUGAUUUUCAGACACUGAGCACAUUGCAGGUUGAGAAUGUGUUUGAUCCUUUUUGUAGCCUUGUGCUCAUGGCUCCUCUUUGGAGCCAUGAGUGUGCUGCUUUUUCUCACAAUUUUGUUUCUUGUAGAUUGUUCUUGAUGCUGGAAAACAUUUUGAAGACAAGACUCUAAACAGUGACCUAUGCCAUACUACUUUAUUAGAAAAUGAGAAACUUACAUUACUGACAAGCUUGGAAGAUUCUUUUGUUCUGUAGUGACCUGUGUUUCCCUGGUCUUUACCUUGCUACUCUGCUUUAUUCUCCUUUUUUGUUGCAGUAGUUAAAAUGUUAACUUCUGGGACUUUUUUAUCCUUUUUUUUUCUACCUGCCAGCAUUCAAAUGGCCAUCUCUAUUAAGGGAUAAAAUUCAAGAAUUUAUUUCUAUAUAUUAGUCCUGAUAUGAUUUCACUUAUCCUUCAGUUUAACAUUUAGAGUACAAAGUCGUCAUCUGGAGGUGCCACUCAGUAUACAGCACUGUGUUUAGAAAUUGGGGGAGCAGUAUAAUAUUUAGCCUCUGUUUUCUGAGACCUCAGCCAGGUGCAAAAAAGAGAUGCAAAACCGCAUUUCAGAUUGUAUUAAUGUACACCCAGCAGUACCAGAAUGUGCCCGGGAAUCAUGGGAGUCAGAAAUUUAACUCAAAGGUAUGGCUGAAGCUUUACGAAAUGAGAUGGGUCCUAUGUAGGCCUUAGAUGUGGGAGAAAGAGAAUGUGUCAGGAAGCAGAAAUGGUAUCUGUAAAGGUGCUGCUGUGAGGCAGGUGGGCAGUGUUUGGGGAACAGCCAGGGGUUUUGUUUAACAGGUUUACAGCACCUAUGGGAGACUGUGUUGGUAAAUAAGCCCAGAGAAGUAGGCUGGGUCCUACUCAAAUUGAAAGUAUGCAUGGCUUUCAAGGCCAGCUGAAUGGUAUAAAUAGAAACUAAAUAGUAGCACAUUUGUUAAGGACAACUUUUGUUACCAACAAGCUUUUAAACUUCUUUUGAUUGUGUAAUAGGUGGAUAAAGAAUUACUGACCCGAAUGUAUUCAAUCUUCAAGUGUUUUUGUAUGCUAGAUUAUUGGAGGUGAAAGGGCUAAGUCAAGACAAUGAGUGUUUUUGAGACUUUUAAUGUUAAUUGCAAAAUUAAACUGUAAAAAGGCAGUGCCAGCUUAGACUGUGAGUAAGAGUUCUUGUUUUAUUUUGUCCUUGCUGAGCUGGGUGUUAUAACAUUUAAACCCUCUACAAUGCCCCCGCCCUGCCCCCCAUUCCUUUCUUUCUUCCUUUUACUUUUCUUAGGAUAGGGUCAUCCAUAUGUUUCUGAUAGAGGUAAUCAUUUGCCAUGCCAUUUUCCGAAGGGCCUACUCCCUUCCCAUUUGUGAUGACACAUUUAUCCUACCCUAGGCUUUGAUAACAUGUUAGAAUCUUUCUGUCCUGUCCUAUUAAAGAGGUUAAAUUUUUUAUAAUGACUUAUACCUGAGCUAAGUUAUAAUAGUUUUGUCAUGUCAAAUAUAAAAACAAGCCAGGUGUGGUGGUUUAUUCCUGUAAUCCCAGCACUUUGGGAGGUCAAAGCAGGUGGACCGCAUGAGUACAGGAGUUAGAGACCAGCCUGGACAACAUGGUGAAACCCCAUCUCUAGAAAAAAAAAUACAAAUUAGGCACAGUGGUGGAUGCAUAUAGUUCCAGUUAGGAGGCUGAAGUAAGAAGAUGGCUUUAGCAUGGGAGGUGAAGAUUGCAGAAAGCUGAGAUCACAACACUGCACUUCAGUCUUGGCAACAGAGUGAGACUCUAUCUCAAAAAAAUGUAUACUUUAUUGAAUCAUUUAUAUAUGAUUGUUAUUUUUGAUUACAUAUUGUUUAGUUCACUACUUUAAAGCCUGCUUUAUUAUUUCUUAAUUUUAUUGACUCAUUUGUGCCUUAGUCUGUUUCAUUACAAAUUAUUGUUUAGUCACUACCUUGGAGCCUGUUUUCUUUUUUUAAAAAUUUUAUUACACUUUAAGUUCUGGGGUACAUGUGCAAAUCUUGCAGGAUUGUUGCAUAGGUACACACAUGGCAUGGUGGUUUGAUGCCUCCAUGUCCCCAUUACCUACAUCAGGAAUUUCUCUUAAUGUUAUACCUUCCCAACCUCUCCACCCCCAACUAUCCCUUCCUUAGUCCGACACCCCCCAACAGACCCCAGUGUGUGAUGUUCCCCUCUCUUGUGUCCAUGUGUUCUCAUUCUUCAACACCUACUUAGGACAGAACAUGUGGUGGUUGGUUUUCUUUCCUUGUGUCAAUUUGCCGAGAAUGAUGGUUUCCAGAUUCAUCCAUGUCCCUGCACAGAACAUGAACUCACCCUUUUUUAAGACUGCAUAGUAUCCCAUAGUGUAUAUGUGCCACAUAUUCUUUAUUCAGUCUAUUGUUAAUGGGCAUUUGGGUUGGUUCCAAGUCUUUGCUAUUGUAAACAGUGCUGCAACGAACAUAUGUGUACAUGUGUCUUUGCACUAGUCCUCUCGUGUAACUCUCCAGGUCCGGCUCCUGCCUGUGGUAGAUACCUUUCCAGGCUCAGCAUUGGCUUUUUGGCUUCCUAUUUCAGCUCAGAACGUUCUCAAGUCAGCCUCUCUUGUCUCAGCUCUUCCUCCUGGCUGCAUCUACAGGCCCAACUCCUCCCUCACAACAACAUUUGGCCCAGCUCCUGCUCAGCUUCUAGCAGUCUGUGUAGGCUCCAGCCUUCCUCAAGUUGGGCUUUCCAGGCCCACCUUUGGCCUCCCAGUGGCCUGGACAGACCCACCUUCUGCCUACCAACAGGUAGGCCCAGCUCUUACCCUUGAUGUUGGCCUCCCCAGGCCAUUUCUGCCUGCAUGCGUGCCUGCCUCAUGGCAGCUCCUGGUUCUCUGAUGGCCUCUUUAGGCACAUGUCAUGCCUCACCAUGGCCUCCCCAUGCUGCUGGAGGCUCCUGCUUUUCGGGAUCCUCUGCAGGCCCUGCUUGUUCCUCGCUAGACCAUUCAGGCCUGCACGCCCACUACUUGGAAGCUUUUGGUGGCCUCUCCAAGCCCAGCUCAUAAGCUCAUUUCUUUGUGGCCUCUUCAGGCCCAGGUGCUGCUUUCUGGAAUCCAUUCUGGGCAAGCUUUUCCUCAUGGCUUCAUCUACAGGCCCCCCAUUUGCCCUGCAACAACCUCUGUGAACUCGGCUCCUUGUGGCAUUUGUAGACCUGAAAGGUCCUGAAAUCAAGCUCUCCAGGCCCACACAGCUCAUGCCUCAUAAUGGCAUCUCCAAGAUCAGCUCCUGCCCUCUGAAUGCAUCUUGAGGACCCAAAUAUGCUCUAAUCAGCUUCUAUUCACCUGGCUCCAGCUUCCUCCUGGUGGCCUCAGAGGAUUACAUGUUUCUAAAGUUGGCCAAUUUUGGCCCAGGUUUUGCCAUCCUGGUGGCCUCUCUGGUUGCAAAACCUCCUCACAUUGGCCCCUGCAGGGUGAGCUUCUGUCUCUCAAUGACCUCACUGGGCCCAGCUCCUGCCUCCCAACAUCCUCUGUGGACUCAGCUCCUGCCAAGCUUCUGAUGUCCUCCAUAGGCCUGAAAGGCUCCUGGUUGCCUUCCCAGGCUCAGCUCCUGCUCUCUGUCAGCAUCUACCGGCCCCAAACUUCCACAAGUUGGCUUCUCUUGGCUUGGCUCUAGCCUCCUUCCAGUGGCCUGGGCAGGCCCAAAUGGUCCUGAUGUUGGCCUCUCCAGGCCCAGCUCCUGCCUGCCAGUGGCCUCUCCAGGCCCAAACCCUCCUCUUGUGGGUUUGUCCAGGCCUGGCUCCUGCCUGUGGUAGGCCCUUCCAGGCCCAGCCUCUGCUUCCUAGUGGAUACAGGCAUGCAAUGUGUAAUAAUCACAUCAGGGUAAAUCGGAUACUCCUCAUCUUAAGCAUUUAUU